AUGGUCGAGAAGCUCUACGUUACCUACAAUGAUGUCCACAAGCUGUGCCAGCAGGCCGCUCCCAAGAUCCUCGAGGACUUCAAGCCGCAGCUCAUGAUCGCCAUCGGCGGCGGCGGCUACGUCCCCGCGCGUAUCCUGCGCUCGUUCCUCAAGCAGCCCGGAUCCCCCAACAUCCCCAUCCAGGCCAUCGGCCUCUCGCUGUACGAGUCGCUCGGCAACAGCGAGGUCGAGGAGAUUGGCACAAAGGUCACCCGCACCCAGUGGCUCGACCUCUCUGCCCUGGGCGAGAUGGAGAACCUCAUCGGCAAGCGCGUCCUGAUCGUGGACGAGGUCGACGACACGCGGACGACGCUCGAGUAUGCCGUCAAGGAGCUGGAGAAGGAUGUCGAGGAGGCCCGCCAGAAGCUCGGACCUGAUGCCCCCAAGGCUGAGUUUAGCAUCUUUGUUCUCCACAACAAGGACAAGCCCAAGAAGGGCCAGCUGCCCGACGAGAUGGUCAACAGCCGCUACAUCGCCGCCGUCACUUGCGGCGACGCCUGGAUCAACUAUCCCUGGGAGGCCAUCGACAUUGACGAGCACGACCGACUUGCCCAGAAGAAGGCAUAA